AGCCUCGCUCAAGCUUCCGGGGCGCACGCUCGCUGCGUGCACCCGGGCCCGCCGCGGGGGCUGUCGCCGUCAUGGCGAGCCUCUGAGCACCCCCGGGCCCCCUCCUUGAACGCCGCGAUGGCGUCCUCCCUCUCAACCAUCAUGUGGGCAACGGCGCGUCACAGCCGCACGCCAUGCCACUCACCGCGCCGGCAGCCCCGGCGGGCUCCGCCCCUGGGGCUCUCGCAGGCGGGGAUCCCUACGCGACCCUGAACGUCCGCGCCGAUGCCAGCGCGGAGGAGCUGCGGACCGCCUACCGGCGCGCGGCGCUGUCGGCCCACCCGGACAAGGGCGGAUCGGCAGAGGCCUUCCACGGCGUCGCGGCCGCCUUCGAGGCGCUCUCGUGCCCCGUCGCGGGCCAGAGCUCCGAGCGCGAGCGCGCCGCGAAGAGGCAGCCGCCAGCUGGCCAGCCCCCCGCGCCGCCCCCCCGCCAGCGCCGAGGCGCGCCGGCAGCCGCCGAGGAGGGCGGCGACGCCGCUCCAGAGGCGGCGGCGCGCGGGGCCGCCCAGCUGCGCGAGAGCAGAGCCGCGCGGCUGGGCAGGGUGAGGGCACUGCUGCGGUGCAUGGACAAGGAGGCGCGCCACGCGUCGAUCCUCCGCAUGGCCCCGCGGGUGCGAGCGGCGCUCGUGGACUUCAUGCGCAGCGGUGCUGAGGAGCAGGACCCCGACGAGCCGGCCGUCCGGCCGCCGCCGCGCCGGCGCGGAGGCCCUGGCGCGGUGCGGCUGCGCGAGGUGCGCGGCCGCGCCGGCGCCAAGUACAGCGCGCAGCUCGACGUCGAGUCGCUCAGGGUCUACACGAGGAAGGUUCCCCUCGAGGACGCCCUGGAGGCCCAGCUCGCCCUGGCGCAGGCCCGCGACCGCCUGGCCUCCGCCGGGCCCGAGGUGUGGGAGAGCCCCGCGGAGGUCUGCGCCGCCUUCGGCGCGGCCCUGCGCGAGCCCGGCGCGGGGGCGGGGCGCUGGGGCCUCGCGGUCUUCGUGCAGAUGCGGGCGCCCGAGAUGGUGGCCGGCAGCGUGGCGAUCACGUCGCCGGCCAUGGCGCUGCCGCAGGCCGUGGAGCUCCGGCGGCGCCUGCUGGCCGCGCGCGCGGCGUCCUGGGAGCGCUUCCGGGCGGAGUGGGUGGCCCUGCUGGCGGGCGGCAGGCGGGGCCUGUCUCAGGAGGAGGCGGCCGCGGCCGCCGACGCCGCCCGGCGCGACUUCGUCGCGCAGAGGCUCGCUGCCGCGGUGCGGGACUUGCAGCGCGACGUGGAGGGUGCGGAGCUCCGGGGGGCCCGACCGACCCCUACACUGAAGUGCUCGGGGAUUGGACAGACCUCCUACCCUGACGCGUCGGUUCAGGAAUGGGCCG